AGUGCGAAGGGGCGGCGAUCCAAGAUCACACAAAGGACAGGGGAAAUCGAAGCCACCGAGCCCCCACACGUCGCCAUCGCCGUGAUCGAUUAUACCGCCGUCUCCUCCCCCCGCAGCCCGCACCCACCCCACCGGAACCGUCGUCCCGACCUCUCGCCAGCGAUAAGCAAAUCCCCGCCUCACUCUCUCGUCCACAGACAAAGCCACGACCCACAAGUGCCCCCCUCCUCCCGCGCUCCCAAAUCACUCCCUCUCUGUCUCUCCACUCCACUCGCCGCCGCCGCCGCCCGAAUCUCAAUGGCGUCCGCGGCCGCCCCGCCAACCUCCCUCUCCCUCGCGGCCCGUGCGGCAAGCAGGGCGGCCGCCGCCCCGCUCCGCAGGGGAGGCCUCGCCGCGGCGCGCCAGCCGGCGCGGUCGCUGGCGUUCGCGGCGGGCGACGCGCGGCUCGCGGUCCACGUCGCGUCGCGGUGCCGGCAGGCGUCCUCCGCGCGCGGCACGCGGGCCAUGGCCACCAUGGCGAAGAAGAGCGUCGGGGACCUCACGGAGGCCGACCUCAAGGGGAAGCGCGUCUUCGUGCGUGCCGACCUCAACGUGCCGCUCGACGAGAACCAGAACAUCACCGACGACACCCGCAUCCGGGCCGCCAUCCCCACCAUCCAGUACCUCCUCGGCAAGGGCGCCAAAGUCAUCCUCUCAAGCCACUUGGGUCGCCCUAAGGGUUUUACACCCAAGUUUAGCUUAGCCCCCCUUGUUGCACGGUUGUCUGAGCUUCUUGGCAUUCAGGUGCAAAAAGCCGACGAUGUUAUUGGCCCUGAAGUUGAGAAGCUGGUGGCCGCCUUGCCCAAUGGUGGGGUUUUGCUCCUUGAGAACGUAAGAUUCUACAAGGAAGAGGAGAAGAAUGACCCAGAGUUUGCGCAGAAGCUUGCCUCCGUAGCAGAUCUUUACGUUAAUGACGCGUUUGGAACAGCCCACAGGGCACAUGCAUCGACUGAGGGAGUUACAAAGUUCUUGAAGCCUUCUGUUGCAGGGUUCCUUUUGCAGAAGGAGCUUGACUACCUUGUCGGAGCUGUUUCAAGCCCUACACGCCCAUUUGCUGCCAUCGUGGGUGGUUCAAAGGUGUCAUCCAAGAUCGGGGUUAUUGAAUCCUUGUUGGAGAAGUGUGAUAUCCUUCUCUUGGGUGGUGGUAUGAUCUUCACAUUUUACAAGGCACAAGGUCUUUCUGUCGGUGCUUCGUUGGUUGAGGAAGACAAACUCGAUCUUGCAACAUCUCUACUUGCAAAGGCUAAGGAAAAGGGUGUCUCCCUUAUGUUGCCAACCGAUGUUGUCAUCGCUGAUAAGUUUGCUCCUGAUGCUAACAGCCAGAUUGUUCCAGCAUCUGCAAUUCCUGAUGGUUGGAUGGGGCUGGAUAUUGGCCCAGAUUCCAUUGCUGCAUUCAACGCAGCCCUGGAAACAACCCAGACUGUCAUCUGGAACGGGCCCAUGGGUGUUUUUGAAUAUGACAAGUUCGCUAUAGGAACUGAGGCUGUGGCAAAGAAGUUGGCAGAACUUAGCCGCAAGGGUGUGACAACUAUCAUCGGAGGUGGAGACUCUGUCGCCGCCGUUGAGAAGGUCGGAGUUGCUGACGUUAUGAGCCACAUUUCCACCGGAGGUGGUGCCAGCUUGGAAUUGUUGGAAGGAAAGGAGCUUCCAGGAGUUACUGCAUUGGAUGAAGCAGCCACUGUGACUGUAUGAAGCAAGUUUUCAUUUUGUUUCAUCUUCUUUUUUGGAAGUUACCGGGGGAGGGACUCCCACCUGAAUAAGGUGCGCAAGGCCAGGAUUGUUGGCUCAACCACAGGGAGCGCACGCCACCGCAUCAUCUUCAUGUACCAUUGUAUACUUGCUACAUUCUUGCUUGCUCCUCCUCAGCCGCUCGAAAUGUAGGAGAUCAAUGAUUUAUAGAGCUCUGGAAAUCGUUUGAACAAGGAGUAAGCGACCCAAGUAAUAUGCUUACUGAGUCAUCUUUCCUUUGUGACGUAACAAAUUACAUAAAAACCCUUCGAAGGUAA